GAUAGGAAUAGAAAAGUAAUUCAAUAAUUGGUUUCUCCCUUUUUUUUCUUUUUUAGUAUAUUGAAUAUUGUUGGAAAUACAAUCUAUUUGAAACAGUCAAACUGAUCAACAUGAUAUCAGUCACGAAAUAUUAAAAAGAAACAGUUAUUGAAAUAAUACUCCUGAAAUUUAUGAGUGAACACAGAACAGACAAGAAUGACAUGCCUUAGUUUUGGAAGUCCAUUGAUGUCAAAUCUUGCACUUCUUCUCAGUGUGGCAACAGCUAGAACAUCAUUAAGACAGUUCCAUCCAUACAAAAUGUAUGUCUGUGUACAAUGUGUCAGACAAUACAGUGACAAAGAAAAGACAAAAACAAAUAUUGUUAGUGAAAGUGAGGCUGAAACAUUCUCUUGGGAAGCUUUAGUGGAUUAUUCUAAACUUACAGCUCAGGAUGUCAAAAUUCAUAGAAAACAUGUAGAAGCUGUAAGGAAUAAACAAAUGUCAUACACAGAUCCAGGAACAGGCUAUAUGGUUAUGACAAGAUUAUCACAUGUGACCAGAGGAGAUUGUUGUGGAAAUGCUUGUAGACAUUGUCCCUAUGGACAGAAAAAUGUACCUGACGAGAUGAAAAGAAAAUUCAACUCAGCAUUUUAUUCUUGACGAAUGUGAAAUGUGUAGUACUUGACCAGUUGGAAGCUUUUUUACAUAACUUUAAGAGUGUUUUCAUUUCAUUUCAUUUUGUUACUUAAAAAUUACUGUUUUAGUGAAAUGAUAAAAAUAAUGUUUAUGAAACGGGUAUUACAUGUAUAUCUGUACGUUUUAUUGUUUUGAGCUUUGAUAUAAACUGUUAAGUAUUUG